AGUGGCCGAAGCGACAGCACCUAUAUCUAUGUUACAGAAUUAUACCACUAUUUGAAUCUAUAUAUUGACGAUUAGGCCAUUCUGAGAUUAAUUACGACUAAAUAUUGUACGAGUUGGGAAGCAAUGACUCCGCGGACUUGGUCCGGGAAAAGCUCUCUUCGCAUUAAAGAGUCAGUCGUCGAAUGGGAAGCAAUAUCAACAGGCUGUCAGUGAGAACUUCCCACCCAGUGAUUUAUACUACACAUGAGAUUUUAAUCCAUGACUAGCAGCAUUAUUGGCGAUCCUGAUGAAUGCUGCGGUACUGUAUGAGCCUGUGGAAUAGAGUUCUCAGAACAGUUUGUCAAAUUUAACUGCCAAUGAUAGUUGUGACAGGUCUAUCCGAUAUGACGUGGAUGUUACGGUGGACAGUGUUCUUUGUGUUUUGUUGCUGCUACUCAGUAUCCGGGGAUGAAUGUAAUUUAACCUCCAUAGCAUUAAACAAACCGGCAACGCAGUCGUCUGUGUCAGUGGAUGGAGUUGCAGGAAGGGCUGUGGACGGGGAUUUCGAUCCCUAUUACCACAACAUGUCAUGUACACACACGGCCGACACAGACAAUGAGCCGUGGUGGCAGGUAGACUUAGAAGGUGUCUACAGUAUCGACGGUGUCUCUGUUCAGAAUAGAUUAACCUCUGCUGAACGACUGAAGGAUUUCAUUGUGGAAAUAUCAGAGACGAACGUCAUAGGACCCAAUGGUCAUCUGAAAAAUAGCAAGGUUUGCUAUAAUUACACUGAAGCUCACGUGCCUUCUGCCGAACUAAGGACUCUGGCUUGUCCAACUGGUACUGUUGGCCGCUACCUCAGGAUCACAAAGUCAUCCCCACUUUUAACCCUAUGUGAAGUCGUUGUAGAAGGAAAACCAGUUUCUUGUCUCGACACUACCUGUCACAAGAUGCCAACGAUCAGACAACGUGACGACCAAUCUAUGACGGAAAUUGUAAUGGAGUUGAAAAAACUGAUGUCCGGAACCGGAAGUAAGUGUAACUUCAGGAGGAAAUGGAUCGAUGGAGGAUGGUAUUGGUCUGUGUGGUUCCCGACUGACUGAUUUGAUCCGGCACAUGACAAAACAUUGUACUUAGAGGUUUACAGGAAUAACAUCGAUGACGUCGACAAGGAUUAAACGGCAAUACUGACAAGUAUCACACUGUAACAGCCACAACUUUUACACUGCGAUAUCGAAAGGAUUGAACCGGCAAGGGCGGCAAGGAAUACACUGCGAUGAUGAAAAAAUAAUAGCACCACGGCGGAAAUAGUUAUUACGCUAUGAUAGAGACAAGGAUAACACUGUGGCAUAGAAAACUGUUAUACAGUAACAAGGACAUAACUGUGAUACAGUAACAAGGAUUAACUAUUACCGAUUAGCAAGGAUUAACUGUAACCGAUUAACAAGGAUUAACUGUAACCGAUUAACAAGGAUUAACUGUUACCGAUUAACAAGGAUUAACUGAUAUCGAUUAACAGGGAUUAACUGAUAUCGAUUAACAAGGAUUAACUGUAACUGAUUUACAAGGAUUAACUGUAACCGAAAAACAAGGAUUAACUAUAACUGAUUUACAAGGAUUAACUGUUACCGAAAAACAAGUAUUAACUGUUACCGAUUAACAAGGAUUAACUGUUGACGAAAAACAAGGAUUAACUGAUAUCGAUUAACAAGGAUUAACUGUAACCGAUUAACAAGGAUUAACUGUUACCGCAAAACAACUGCAAUUUAACAAAGAAACACUAAAUGAUGUACAAUGUGAUAUAAAAACAACGGUAAAGAUUGAAGGUUUACAAGUCCUACAAUAGUACACAUCUUUUGUACAUUUUGCACUCUAUAUCAGUGGUACACAUUUUAUGAACAUUUUUGUACCCAAUAUUAUUGGAAUAUGCAUAUUUUGUACUCUAUACCACUUGUACAUACUUCAUGUACAUUUUGUACUCUAUACCAUUUGUACACAUUUCAUGUACAUUUUGUACUUUAUACCAUUUGUACACAUUUCAUGCACAUUUUGUACUCUAUACCAUUUGUACACAUUUAUGCUCAUUUUGUACUCUAUACCAUUUGUACACAUUUAUGUACAUUUUGUACUCUAUACCAUUUGUACACAUUUCAUGUACAUUUUGUACUCUAUAC